CCGGGUUAUCGCUCUGAGAGACCGGCUCGCGAGUUAGCGCCGCGGGAAAGGCGCGUGUCGGCCUCUCACUGGCGCAGCCUCCGCCGCCGCUGUCGCCGUGCCCCGCCCAGGCGUUGUCGCAGGCGCUGUAGUGGACGAAGCGCGGCCGGGGCAUGGGCAGCAAAGGGGACGCGAACGCUGCGUGUGGCGCGGCUGCGCGGCGGGUGACAGGACCUUACUAUAAAAUGGGAUUUCUGAUUGCAUUCACUGGACUGUGGCUGCUCACCUCAGUAAAGGCAGAUUCAAAAGCUAUUACAACGUCUCUUACAACAAAGUGGUUUUCUACCCCACUGUUGUUAGAAGCCAGUGAGUUUUUAGCAGAAGACAGUCAAGAGAAAUUUUGGAAUUUUGUAGAAGCCAGUCAAAAUAUUGGAUCAUCAGAUCAUCACGGUACUGAUUAUUCCUAUUAUCAUGCAAUAUUGGAAGCUGCAUUUCAGUUUCUGUCACCUCUACAGCAGAAUUUGUUGAAAUUUUGUCUGUCUCUUCGUUCCUACUCAGCUACAGUUCAAGCCUUCCAGCAGAUAGCAGCUGAUGAGCCUCCACCAGAAGGAUGUAGUUCAUUUUUUUCAGUUCAUGGAAAGAAGACUUGUGAUUUUGCUUCCCUGGAGACUCUUCUACUAACAGCAUCUGAAAGACCCAAACCUUUAUUGUUCAAAGGAGAUCACAGAUAUCCCUCAACUAAUCCCGAAAGCCCAGUGGUGAUUUUCUACUCUGAGAUUGGCUAUGAAGAAUUUUCUAAUUUCCACCGCCAACUUAUAUCAAAAAGCAAUGCAGGGAAAAUCAAUUAUGUAUUCAGACAUUAUAUAUCUAAUCCCAAGAAGGAGCCAGUUUAUCUUUCUGGGUAUGGCGUGGAAUUGGCCAUUAAGAGCACUGAGUACAAGGCCAAGGAUGAUACUCAGGUGAAAGGAGCUGAGGUGAAUGCCACAGUGAUUGGUGAGAAUGACCCUAUCGAUGAAGUUCAGGGAUUCCUCUUUGGGAAGUUAAGAGACCUACACCCCAGUUUAAAAGCACAGUUGAAAGAACUCAGGAAACAUCUUGUGGAGAGCACCAAUGAAAUGGCACCUUUGAAAGUUUGGCAGUUACAAGAUCUCAGUUUCCAGACUGCUACUCGAAUCUUGGCUGCUCCUGUGGAGUUAGCAUUGGUGGUUAUGAAGGAUCUUAGUCAGAAUUUUCCUACUAAAGCCAGAGCAAUAACAAAAACAGCUGUGAGUUCAGAACUUAGAACUGAAGUGGAAGAGAAUCAGAAGUAUUUCAAGGGAACUUUAGGAUUACAGCCUGGAGACUCAGCUCUCUUUAUCAAUGGACUUCAUAUUGAUUUAGAUACACAAGAUAUAUUCAGUCUCUUUGAUGUACUGAGGAAUGAAGCCCGGGUAAUGGAGGGUCUGCAUAGACUAGGAAUAGAAGGCCUUUCUCUGCAUAAUAUUUUGAAGCUGAACAUCCAGCCCUCUGAGGCCGACUAUGCAGUGGACAUCAGGAGUUCUGCUAUUUCAUGGGUCAACAACCUGGAGGUUGACAGCAGAUAUAAUUCAUGGCCUUCUAGUCUACAAGAGUUGCUUCGACCCACCUUUCCUGGUGUUAUCCGGCAGAUCAGAAAAAACUUGCAUAAUAUGGUUUUUAUAGUUGAUCCUGCACAUGAAACCACAGCAGAAUUGAUUAACACAGCAGAGAUGUUCCUCAGUAAUCAUAUACCACUAAGAAUUGGUUUUAUCUUUGUGGUUGAUGACUCUGAAGAUGUUGAUGGGAUGCAGGAUGCCGGAGUGGCUAUUCUUCGAGCAUAUAAUUAUGUUGUUCAAGAAGUGGAUGAUUAUCACGCCUUCCAAACUCUGACGCAUAUCUACAACAAGGUGAGGACUGGAGAAAAAGUAAAAGUUGAACAUGUGGUCAGUGUCCUGGAGAAGAAAUAUCCAUAUGUAGAAGUGAACAGCAUUGUGGGGAUUGACUCUGCCUAUGAUCAGAAUCGUAAGGUAAGACUAUUCUUUUGUACUUUGCAUUUGACUGCAGCAGAGUACUUUCUUUGUCACUUGAGGGGCAGCUAUUAAUGGUGGUGAUUAUG